CGGGAGAAAGCGGGAACAUCAGACAGCGCUCAACAAUACAUGUAAUUUCUGAAGCAGCACAUCCAUCAAGCAUGGCACAGUCAUUGAGACACGUCUACUGCAGUGCCCCUUGCUGUUCAAAUAACAAAAAAAAUUUCCCCUAUUUGAGUUUUCACGACUUUCCAGCUGAUGCCGAGGUACGCGCCCGUUGGGUGAGGGCAAUCAGACGGGAUGAAGGGCCCAACUUCAAAAUCCUACGUGGGAGCACUUUCGUCUGUAGUCAACACUUUUCACCAGAGGAUAAGACCAUCUCUGCCAGUGGACGAACUAGGAUUAAGAAAGGGGCAGUGCCCUCCAGAUUCGUGUGGAAUGACUGGGGCAAAGUGAAUUACUACUCUCUGCCGGCAGUCACACCAAGUGUUUUGGAGAGAAGACAAAGACCAGAGGAUGACUCAACUGAAGAGGAAGAGAUGGAUGUUGAGCUGUUGCUCCAGUGCCAUAACUACUAUAAAAAACCAGAACAAUCAGCAUUGGAUACAGAAAAAAUAGAUGUCCAGCAGCGGGUGAUAGAGGAGCUGCAAAAGAGGCUGGCUGGGGUUACUGUGAAGCAGUCGUUUGGCUUGGAGAGGUUUUCAGCAUCGGAUGACGACAUCAGAUUCUAUACCAGAUUUGCCAGCUACCACCAUCUACAGGCAUUUUGGAUACAGAUUGAACCUGCAACAAGGAGAAUCGUGCGUGUUGGUACACAUUCAUCCACUUCCUGCACAACAGCAGCUCCUGACAAUGAUCCACCUCAUCGACCGAGCCGAUGCCUUCCGAUGAUUGAUGAACUGUUCCUGUUCUUGGUGUACCUGUCGCUGGGUCUGAAUGAGAAAGAUCUGGGUGAUCGUUUCAGCAUUCAUCAGUCCACCGUCAGCAGGAUAAUAAAAACCUGGUGUAAAUCCCACACUACCCUGAAAGGAAUGAUUGGCGUGUCACCACAUGGUGCUGUUACUUUUGUUUCCUCACUGUAUUCUGGUUCUGUCAGUGACAAAGAAUUGUUCAGGCAAUCUGGCAUUAUCCCUCUUUUGGAUAAAGAUAUGGCUGUAAUGGUGGACAAGGGAUUCGGAAUUGACGACGUAGUGCCUUGCAAAGUUUACAGACCACCUUUUCUGACUAAGGGGUCACAGCUGUCUCAUGGCGAAGUGCUGGUCACUCAGGACAUUGCACGGUUAAGGAUACAUGUGGAGAGGACAAUUAAGCACAUCAAAGAGAACAAACUGUUUGACACUAUUAUCCCUCUGACCAUUUGUGGUAGUAUCAACCAGCUUUUUGCAGUAGCCUGCCUCCUAUCAAACUAUCAAAACAAGCCACCCGUCAAGGUUUGGGCCAUAUAA